AUGGAAUUCCCUCAGCCACUUGCUGCCCCCCACCUCCACCCUGGGCCCCGACUCAGAGGUGGGCUCUCCGCUUCUGGGCCUGAUCCUACCUGCCUCCCACCUCCCCAUCCAUCCCUUAGUUCCGAUGAGCUGCCUGGGGCCAGGUUACAUGUCCUGGACGGCUGGCAGUGUCUGUCUCUUACCCCUCCUUUCUUCCUGGCCCCAACCCAAGCCUUUGCAGCUUCUUUCACGUUUGGAAGCCUCUGUAUGGUCAAGGCGUGGGCUCGGAUUUGGCUUUAUCCAGAAAGUCAGAACCUUCCGCUGUGA